AUGGAAAUAGUAGCUCAAAUGGAUCCAUCUGUUGGUAUUGAUAGUCUUGUGAAACCAACAAUUGAUAUGGUACGAUUCACUGUGACCACAAGUAACCCUCGUCAAACACAUAUAGAAUAUUUACCUUAUCCAGAUGAGAAAUUUAUUGAUGAAUCUCUACAAUUCUAUUCAAAUGAAAAACGUCCACUGGAAGAAGUCUAUUUGAGACGUAAUAAAGUGUUCAUUGAUGGAUUAUCAGUGGAAAUUGUUAGCGUAACUGCUGUAAGAAAUUAUAAUCCUGUUACAGAAUUUCUUCAUCCAUAUCUAUAUACAAUAACAGUUCGUCAUGGUCCUGUAUUUGAAUGGAUCAUACAUAAACGUUAUAAACAUUUUCAUGAUCUUCACAAAGCUCUUGCUCAUUAUAUUGAACGUGCAACAGGACGAUCUAUAAGUAGCUUAAAUAAAAGUGAUUUAUCAGAGAAAGAAUCAAAUAAUGAUCAAAGUUCUUCAUUAAGUAAAAAACACGAAGAUCAACCAUGUUUUCCAACUCGUAAUGAUCGACUUUCUUUUAUAAAUCAAUUUACAAUUGAAGAUCGAUGUAAAAUAUUACAAAAUUAUUUGAAUAAAGUAUUAAAACAUCCAAAAUUUCGUGAACAUAUAGCUACGAGAGAAUUUCUUGAAGUAAGUUCAUUAUCAUUUAUACAAGGUUUGGGUGUUAGUAUAAAAGAAGGUGCUAUUGCAAAACGUUCAAUAGCUGAUAUUCGUGGUCGUUCAAUAUUUCUUCGAGUUCCAUUUGUAUGUGAUAAACUUCGAUGUCAUCAUGCACAACAAUGGUUUGUUCUUAAAGAUUCAUAUCUUGUUUAUAUGGAUUCUGAUUCAGCUUUAAUUGGAUUUCCAAUGCUUAUCGAUAAAGCCUUUUCUUUUAAACAAGGUUAUCAAAAAACUACAACGAAUAAUGGAAUUAAAAUUAAAAAUUCACAACGUUCAAUACUUAUUAAAUUUGAAAAAGAAGAUGACAGAGAUACUUGGUUUGAUUGUCUUAGGAAUGUUACACGUAAAUCUCUUUUUGUUGAACAAAUUCUUUUUUACUCAUAUGCACCAAGAAGACAACAGCAAUAUGCUCAUUGGUUUAUAAAUGGUCAAUCAUAUAUGGAAGCAGUAGCUAAAGCUAUAUUAGCAGCACGAGAAGAAAUAUUUAUUGCUGGUUGGUUUCUUUCACCUGAAGUAAUGCUUAUUCGUCCUUGUGAUGAUGGUUCAAUGCGACUUGUUAAUCUACUGAAUAAACGAGCUGAAGAAGGAAUUCGUGUUUAUGUGUUAUUAUUUAAAGAUCCGCCACUUGUUGGUUUAAAUAGUCAAUAUACAAAAUUAAAAUUUAUGGAUCAAAGUCCAACGAAAAAAAAUAUAAAAGUAAUUCGACAUCCUAAUCAUAUCGUUAUACCGGGAACUGAAUCAUCAUUCCUUUUUUCUCAUCAUGAAAAAAUUGUUGUUAUUGAUCAACGUAUUGCCUUUAUUGGAGGCAUUGAUCUUUCUUGGGGACGAUGGGAUACAGAUGAACAUAGAUUAGUCGAUUUAUGCGAUGAAAAUAUAACGGAAUUAAAGUUGCCUAAUGAAAAAGGUGAUCAACUUGAAGAAAAAGUACAAAAUGAAGAAGCUGCAGUUGGUGUCACAAAAAAAAUGGCACAAAACUCAAUUGUUGGCAACAUAGCUUUAUCAAUGCAAAUUCCAAGAGAUUUAUUUAAUCAAUCAAAAUCUGAUCAAGAAGAAAAAAAACUAUUAUUAAAAUCAAAUCAAAAUCAAAAUGUUAAUGGUGAAAAAAUCAAGAAUAAUAGCCAUCUUGCAGAAUCAUCCAAAGUAACCGAUCUUCGAAGUGUGUUGACUGAAGCCGAACUAGAAAUUUUAGCUGAUGAAGAAAAUGCUGCACAUCAACGGCAUAAAUAUAAAGAACAAUGGAAGAAAAUAAUUAAAACAAUUCGAAAAAAAGGAAAUGAAGAAUCAUCGGAUGAAGAUGAAGAAAUUUCACGAGAACCGAUUGAUGAAAAACCUACAACAAUCAUUGAUGAAACACCAGUUGUUGAUAAAAAAUAUCGCUAUUUUAUGGGCAAAGAUUAUGCAAACCCUUAUGAUCAAGACUUUGCAAAUCUUGACAAAUUUGAUGAAGACUCGGUUGAUCGAAAAAUUUUCCAACGAAUGCCUUGGCAUGAUGAAGCUUUGGUUGUUAGUGGAGAAGCAGCAAGAGAUUGUGCCAGACAUUUUAUUCAACGAUGGAAUAUUCAUAAAGCAGAUAAAUUGCGUUUUAAUGAAUUUUAUCCAUACAUUCUUCCAAAGAGUUAUGAUGAUGAUCAAUUAUUUGAUUCAUCAAUGCUUUCUGAUAUUCUUGGAGGAAAACAAAAACCAAUGCGUGUUGAUGCUCAAUGUGUUCGUUCUGCUGCAGGUUGGUCAUGUGGAAUAGAUUUUGAAGAAAGUUCAAUACAAAAUGCUUAUAUUGAUAUGAUUGAGAAUGCUCAAUAUUUUAUUUAUAUUGAAAAUCAAUUUUUUGUUUCAAUUGCUACUGAUACAACAAUUACAAAUUUGAUUGCUGAUGCACUUUAUCGUCGGAUAAUUCGUGCCGCUACUCAUCAAGAAAAAUUUCGAGUAUAUGUUGUAUUACCAUUAUUACCGGGAUUUUCAAAUGAAAAUGCUGUUCAAGCUGUUCUUUAUUUUAUAAUGAGAUCAAUUAAUAAAGGAGAAACAUCACUUUAUCAAAGAUUAAUACGAGAUGGUGUAUAUAAUCCUGAAGACUAUAUAACAUUUUAUGGAAUGCGCAAUUGGGAUAUAUUAAUGGGUAAAUUAGUAACAGAAAUAAUUUAUGUUCAUUCAAAAUUAAUGAUUGUUGAUGAUCGAAUGUGUAUUUGUGGAUCAGCAAAUAUAAACGAUCGUUCUCUUCUUGGUGAUCGAGAUUCGGAAUUUUGUUUAUUUGUUAAAGAUGAUGAAAUGAUUGAUUCACAAUUGAAUGGUCAAAAACAAAAAGUUGGACUUUUUUCUUCAACAUGGAGAAAGAAAUUAUUCAGACAAUUAUUGGGUAUUAAAAAUGAAGAAGAAAUGAGUGUUGAUGAUCCAUGUUCAGAUGAAUUUUACGAACAUUUUCGUCGAAGAGCAAAAUAUAAUGCACAAAUUUAUGAAGAAGUUUUUAAUACAUUACCUACUAAUCGUGUUAGAACUUUUAGUGAAGUUAAUAGCUAUACUCAACAAUCAAAAUUGAGAGACACUGAUCCCUUAACUGCACAUGAAAAAUGUAAACAAAUUAAAGGUUUUGUCGUUGAAUUUCCAUUAGAGUAUUUAGCUGAUGACGUUCUAAUGCCGAGAUGGACAACAAAAGAAGGUCUAAUUCAAUUUAGAAUAGAAGGUUUCUUAUGUAAAAUAAAUUUAUUUUCAUUAUAG